GAUUCCUGCGCCACAAAGAUCGUUGCGGAAAGCGGACUGCCUGUGUCCGCUGAGACAGACUUGCUCUCAAACUUUUGUGGGCGCUGCUUCUCGGCGCUGUAGCUUAUUUCUGUGGGCUUUUCUUACCGUGUUUGUUCAGAAAGCCCCUGAGCCAUGGAGGUAGCAAUUCCUAAAGACCUACAACAGGAGGCCAGCCUAGCCAAGAAGCGGUACAUGGACCUGUGCAGGCAGGGACAGAUCUUCGACGCCAGAAACAGGAUCAUUGGGGGAGACACACAAGCCUGGGAUGUUCAAGUUCGUAACCAGAAGAUAAAAGAAGUAACUGAAAAAGCUAGGGAUGAAACCUUUGCUGCCGAAAUGAGGCACAAUGACAAAGUCAUGUGCAUAAUGCAUGAUCGGGAACUGAGGCAAAGGAAGCAGCUGUGUAGAGCUAUCAAUGACUUCCAGCAGCGUUUUCAGAAGCCAGAAACUCGCCGUGAAUUUGAUCUUUCUGACCCCCUGGCCCUUAAGAAAGAGCUUCCAGCCUGGGUUUCAGACAAUGACACGCAGAACACCAUAUCAGGCAUGCAGAAGUUCAUGGGGGAGGAUUUAAAAUUCCAAGAGAGGAAGAGGAUCCAGAAGGAACAGAACCGAGAAUGGUCUCUGCAGCAGCACGGGGAAUGGGAGCGAGCCCAGGCUGAACACAAACUGGCAGAACUCCUCCACACACAGACGGAACUAAAGUUUGAUGAAGCAGCCAGAGACUUGCAGAGGCUGGAAAUCACCACCAGGAAGGCAGUCUGCGCAGCAGUGAAAGAGUUCAACAAGAAACAGGUUGUGGAGUUGGCAGAAAGGAAGAGGCAAGUGAAACAACAAGAACAAGAGGACAACAUGAGCGAGAUCACCAACCUGCUGCGUGGGGACCUACUCACUGAGGACCCUCAGCAGGCAGCCAGCAACUCUGGACCUCGCCAUCUGAUGCUUGACCGCUGGAAGGGCAUGAACCGGGAGCAGUUGGAGGAGAUCUGGUCAACAUGGAAGCAGCAAAUCCAUGAGAAACUGAGGCUUCAGGAGGAAGAGCGCCAGCACAACAUGGACUGGGACCUGCGCAGGACCCGGAAGGCUCAUGCCAGCCUGCUGCAGGAGCGACAACAGCAGCGUUUGUUGCGGGAACAGCGCAAGGCCUUGGACUGCAGCAACCUCAGCCUGGCCAAGCAGCAGUAUUUACAGAAAAGACAAUUGGAUGCAGCCCCCUCAAGUCAACCCACAGAAGACUAUUUCUCACAGUUUAAUACAAGAAGCCGCUAAUG